AUGUCCAACACCGAAAGAACAUUCAUCGCCGUCAAGCCAGACGGUGUCCAAAGAGCCCUUUUCCCUGAGGUGCUCAGAAGAUUCUCGCAAAAGGGCUUCAAGUUGGUCGGCAUCAAGCUGACCUUCGCCAAGGAGGAGCUCUUGAGAGAACACUACUCGGACUUGCAAUCCAAGCCUUUCUUCCCAUCGUUGCUCUCCUACAUGAUGUCGGGCCCUGUCCUCGCCACCGUCUGGGAGGGUAAGGACGUGGUCAAGCAGGGUAGAGCGUUGUUGGGCGCCACCAACCCAUUGCAGUCCGCUCCAGGCACCAUCAGAGGCGACUUCGCUCUCGACAUGGGCAGAAACAUCAUCCACGGCUCCGACUCCGUCGAGUCUGCCGAGAAGGAAAUCGCCUUGUGGUUCAAGAAGGACGAGCUCGUCUCCUACAAGUCCGAGAUGUACGGCUGGAUCUACGAGUAA